GCGUAGGCGUGUUUGCAGGGCCAGAAUACAAGGAACUGAGCUCUAAAAAGCACCUGUGAAUGAACAAUAGUGCACUUUGGAACUGCUGAUACGCUCUACACUGAAUCCACAGUUUUCGCAGGAUCAGGCGUGAGCAACCACAGUCAGAGAGGGGUGUUGUGGCUAAUGCAGAGGUCGCUAAAACAACAAGAGAACGAAGAAACCAGAGAGGAGCAUUGGAGCACCAUAGAUCUGAAGGUGGAUGGAGUGGCAAUGAAGCUGUCUGCCUGACUGAGCAUCUCCUCAUUAUCAUUCCCCCUCCCCUCUCUACAUCCAUUUCCCUAGUCCUAUCUGCCAUCCCCUUCUCCACCACAUACAGAGCCAAACAACUACCACCACCGAUCACUAACACCAUCGCACACACAUAUAGAGACACACACACACACACACAAACACACACUACCCCUCUCUCCUGGGAUACGAUUUGAAGAUUUACAAGUGCAGCCUCUCAUUUGUAAUCAGAUGAAAGAGAGUAUUAUCUCAAGGUUUGCCCAAUCUUGUUCCCGGCCAGGAUCGAGGGACGGAGUAGGAAGAGGAGGAAGAGACUGGAGAGGAGGGAGGGCUCUGUGGAUGGUGCGUGGCGAGAGGAGGUCACCUGUAGAGAACCACUUUCCUUUCCUUUCAAACAACCUGGACUAACAGAGGUUUAUCCUGGGAUCCUGGGGGAUAACUUGACUCUGACACAAAGAAAGAGAGAGAGAGUAAAUAAAGAAGAGGAACAUAAGGAUCUUAUAUUUUUUCUAAAAGGGCUUUCCCAUGGCAGAGAGUGGGCAUCCCGUGUCAGCACUAUACCCACCAGGGGGCAGUGUGUCCCCUGACUCUGCCCUCUGCACCGACCCCCUCCUGCCUCUCUCUAAGAGCUCCACAGAUGGGCUGACAGGUCCUCAGGAAGAACUCAGGAAGGGCUCCAGUGAGCAUACGGCUCCAUGCUCCCAAAGAGACAAAGAAACGGGCAGACAGGGGCCUUCUCAGGUCGUCCAGCACAACAUCCAACCGGACACAUCUCUCCGCGUGGACCUCAGGAAUGCUGUCCGCCCUCACACAGCCCAUCACCACGAGGAGGGCGUCACCAAUCAUGGUCACCAAGCCUUCGGAGAGAGCCAGGCGCCCCACCCCUUAUCAUCAUCACAGAGAGACCUGGGAGGACUGGAUCUAUCCAGGCUGAAUGUCCAGAGGAGUCACUCAGAUCCCCUCCACAUGCUCAGGGAGGUCCCUGCCCCUCCACCUCACAGUGAAACCAGCUGCCCUUCGUGCCCAGGGAGAGACUACCUUUCCCAGGAUGCCUCUCGUAAGGCUUUCUCCACCUUAGCCUGCAAGCAGCCCUUGCAGCUCCAGCACUGCAAUACAACCACAACCAACCCCACUGCCUGCAGAUGGGGAAACGGCGGGGGAGGCAGACCCACACAGCAGCCUCAGGCUGGGUGUGUCAGGCUUGGUGCCCCUAGCCCCUCUAACACAGCCGCUAAGGUCGGCGGUGAGGCCCAACGCCUACAAUCAAGUGAGGAGGCCAUCUGCUAUUGCACUUUCGUCCACCCCCACGGGUCGUUGAAGGACACUUUUGCGGCCUACUGCCACCCCCAAACCAUUCCCACCCCUGCCCAGCUGCUGCCACACCUUCCGGGCACAGAAGCUGAGUUCAGGGACCAGAGGGUGCUCCCGCCUCACCUGGCGCCUACCCUCCUCUCCCUCCCUCGCCUCAUGUCCUCCGUCAGCGAGACAGGGCUGGAUGCCAAGCGCCUGCUGCAAUGCUGCAACCUCAAUUGUAACCUCAACUGCUCCUGGGCCAAAACUCUACACCCUAGUGGAGCCCUGCAGCAGGACAUUCAGAAAUAUAGCUGUAUGAGCAGCAACAAUGGAGCCACCAGGGACACAGGGACCAUGAUGUCCCCCAGGGAGCUCAGGGACGUGGGGGUGCAGACGGUCCAGGUCCACGAGACGUGUCGGGCCCACGUGUUCCCUCAGGUCUGCCUGGUAGAGGAGAACGGGAAUGAGAACGGGAACGGGAACAAGAAUGAGAACGGGAAUGAGACAGACACGUCCCAGAAGCCCCCAGUGAAGGAGGUGAAGUGGGAUGCGGAAGGGAUGACAUGGGAGGUGUACGGGGCUUCUGUGGAUCCUGAGGAGCUAGGUCUGGCCAUCCAAAAGCACCUGGAGCUGCAGAUCAAGGAGACUGCUGGCCUCGCUGCCAAGCUGUCCCGCCAGGAUCCAGCUACAUCCAGGAAGAGCAUUGGUGGUGCCGUUGGCUGGAGGAAGAGGAGCGGGGUGUUGGGCUAUAUCAGAACCCCAGCCUGCUGCGCACGCUCCAGCACGGCCGUGGACUGAGAGGGGAAACCUGAAAACUGGGUUCCAUGGUCAAGAUGGCAGUUGCUUUAUUACACAUCAAAUGUGACUCCAAUUCACCAGAGGUAGUGUCUGGAUUAGGUCUGGAUUAAGAGAAUCUGUGUGGCUGUCAGAAUCAUGGCAAGUGUACAAGAACCUACCAUCAUAUUGCUGAAAGAGGUGAAUGGAAAGACAGUGAAAGGUUCCAUUUGGAUGGAUUUGAUUGGUGACGGUACCUUGGGGGGGGUAACUCGAUCUGAACAAGGGGUUUCUGUAAAUGAACAUGCAUAAAGGUAUAAACAACACAGUGUAGGAAAAGAAAGCUCCAAUACAUGACAGACUUCGAAUCACUAUGGCUAGAAAUAUGUGUCUAUCUUCCUCUCAUUUCUGAUGCUAUGAUUUAGUCAAAUUCUGUGUGAAUGUUUGAAACAUACCGUAUGCUGUAUAGGAUUUAGAACAUGGUAGAGACCACAGAAAUGUAUACAUUUUCACAAUCACUUCUACCGCUCCGUAUUCACAUAGAAAAUAUAUAGAGAAUAUAUAUUUAAUAUAUAUAUAUAUAGAAAACAAUGCUGAAUUGACAGUACGUCAUUAGACUAGCAUAGAGCAAGACUUAAACUGAGCUCCGAUGAUUCAUGCAUCAUCACAUCAUACAAUAUAUUAAUGCACAUAACAAAAGGUGAAAUGGCGUGUUUGUGAAUACAUUUUUCAUUCCAUUUUUCAACUUCUCUUAUAUAAACAGUUAUUGCGUUUGACCCUUUAAUGCCAGGUAGACAAACUCAUUCCAUGGAGGACGUAGUGUCUGCUGGUUGUUGAUUUUCCCUGUUAAUUAAGACCUAGACAACAAGGUGCGGGAAGUUCCUCAUAAUCAGUGGCCUUAAUAAAACAAUGAAGUACAAGAGAGGAAGCAAGAACCCGCAGACACUCAGCCCUCCGCGGAAUGAGUUUGACACGUGCUUUCAUGUAUAUGUUCUGUGUGAUGAUUGUCUUGUGGACUCAAAACCACAGCCAAAUAAUUAUUUUAGUCAUAUAUCUAACCAGAAGGUUAAAAGUGAACUGUUAACCAGUAAACAGUCAUGUUGUUUAUCAAAUAACAAUCACUGAAAAGACCCACACCUCUACUCUGAGUCUGAAUUAUAUCACUACUGUAACAGUAUCUUGUCAAUUUACUGUGCCAUAGCAAUGUACUGCAUUGGUAUUGUAAAAUGGAUGAGUUACAACUAGCUGGUUAGAUUGAUACACCUGUCAAGUAUGUAAUUUACAACAUAUUGCAUUCGCGAGAGAUUUUGACCAAUCACAACAGGUGCUGUAACCUGAUUUAAAGUUGAUUUUUACUGUGGCUACAAUGCAGGAAGAAUUGUUUAAUCAUGAUAUCAGGUGUAUAAUGUUGAAGAAAGCUAUUGAUGUUUAUUAAAUAAUGACCAAGCUUGGCAUUAAAGGGCUCUUUAGUUUUUUUACAGUAUAAUUUGAAUACAAUUUUUUCAUCCUACUUUAGUAAUAAUCACAAAGUUGCCAUUUCAGGUCACACACCUGCAGUUAGCACAGGUUGUUCAGUAUUGUUGGGUUUCUAUUGGAGGCCGUGAGACCAGAUGACAGGUUAAAUAGGAGUCCUUAUCAGUAGAAUAUUACUGCUGUUAUCAAGUCUUUAAAACACCCACCUGUAUUGAUGGUUAUCUGUAUUGAUUGUUAUGUCCAAUGUAAGUCGAUUUGUAACUUGGCAAACCCAGUAAUAACACAAAUGAAGGGUCAAUAUACAGUAUGUCUCAGAUAAUGUGUUCUAGGCUACUGUUGAUAUCAGCAAUAAAGUAUCUUAGAUGAAGUUGUGAUGGUGACGUCUAGGAAACUGUGUUUCCCCCCUCUGUAUUAUGGAGCCUAAACGGACCUCUGGUGACACUAAUGUCAGAGUGUAACACUAAUGCAGUCACUACAAAUAAAAAACAUGUUUUUUCUUGCUGUAUCAGAAUCAAUGUCACUGGAGUGGCAAAAUUCACAAAAUGACAAAUAUUUUUAGACUACGGAAGGUUCAAUCUGCAAUUGAGAGCUUGGUAAAUGUAACCAUUGACCAUGCAUGAUAUCAAAAUUAUAGUUUUAACCAUGUUUUGAGGCUAUACAGUGCUCAUUUAGAAUCAAGGAAGUAAAACAAGCUUAUAUAUUGGGUUCUGAUGGCGCACAACAGUUGAACUAAGCUCAUGAGACAUUUAUACGUUAUUUUCCUUAAGAAUCAAUGGUUGUAUAUCAGUAAUAAAAAAUACAAUUAAAAAAUAAGUACCAAC